AUGUGCUUGAAUGAUUUUGAAAUUGGGAAAAUUUUAGGUAAAGGUAAAUUGGGGAAAGUUUAUUGUGUUAAACAUAAAGAAUCAGGAUACGUUGCUGCUAUCAAAGUGAUGUCCAAAAAGGAUUUGAUUGAAUUCAAAUUGGAGAAGAAUUUCCGUCGUGAAAUUGAAAUUCAACUGAAAUUAAGACAUGAUCAAAUCAGUAGACUCUUGGGAUUCUUUUAUGAUGACAAAAAUGUUUAUCUCAUUCUAGAAUACGCUUUACAUGGUGAGAUAUAUCACCAUCUACAAUUGAAACGUCGUUUUGAUAAUAUCACCGCUUCAAAUUAUAUAUAUCAGGUUUCAAAUGCAUUAUCAUAUUUACAUCUGCAAAAUAUAAUCCACCGAGAUAUUAAACCGGAAAAUAUCUUAUUGGCAGCGGAUAAAACAAUCAAACUAAGUGAUUUUGGUUGGUCUGUUCAAGUGAACCCUUCAAACCUGAAAAGACUAACAAUAUGUGGUACCCUUGAUUAUCUCCCGCCUGAAAUGGUGGAAUCAAAAGCUCAUGAUUUCUCUGUUGACAAUUGGGCUUUAGGAGUUUUAUGCUACGAGUUUUUGGUAGGGAAACCUCCUUUUGAUGAUGAAAAUAAUCAAUUAACUUAUAGAAGAAUCGCUAAAGUAGAUCUCAAAAUCCCAGUUUACGUUGAUGAUGAUGCUGCUGACUUAAUCACAAAGUUAUUACAGCGAAACCCUUCUAAAAGAUUACCCCUUGCCGACCUUCCUUCUCAUCCCUGGAUAGUUAAAAAUAAACCUUACUGGCCCAAAGUUCGGUCAAAAAAUUAA